AUGUCAAAUCUAUGGCUGAAAUGGAACAGGCAUGCCAGAACAACCGGAAUUUUGCAUGGUCUGGCCUUGGACAUUUUUUUGGACUAUAUGGUAUUUUGUAAUGUUAUUUAUGAUUUAUGUUUAUCGUUUAUCGUUAAACUACAGAGACCAUCUGAUCACAGCUCCCAGCUCAGCCAUGUUCGGGACAGAGUCUUCAUUAAGCAUGUUUCUCAACACCCUAACACCCAAGUUCUACGUGGCUCUAACGGGGACAUCCUCCUUGAUAUCAGGCCUUAUUCUGAUAUUUGAGUGGUGGUAUUUCAGGAAGUACGGCACUUCCUUCAUCGAGCAGGUAUCGGUGAGCCACCUGCGCCCUCUCCUGGGGGGAGUGGACACCAGCACCCCCAACAACUCCAACACCAGUAACGGAGAUGCAGACUCCAACCGACAAAGUGUAUCAGAAUGUAAAGUAUGGCGAAAUCCACUGAAUUUAUUUAGAGGGGCGGAGUAUAACCGAUAUACGUGGGUGACGGGCCGAGAGCCACUCACGUACUACGACAUGAACCUCUCGGCUCAAGACCAUCAGACCUUCUUUACGUGUGACUCAGACCACCUUCGACCAGCCGACGCCAUUAUGCAGAAGGCAUGGAGAGAGAGGAAUCCUCAGGCCCGCAUCUCUGCAGCACAUGAAGCCCUCGAACUGGAAGACUGUGCGACGGCGUACAUCCUGCUGGCGGAGGAGGAGGCCACCACCAUCGUGGACGCCGAGAAGCUCUUCAAACAGGCCCUGAAGGCGGGCGAGGGCUGCUACCGACGCAGCCAGCAGCUGCAGCACCACGGCUCGCAGUACGAGGCCCAGCACAGAAGGGACACCAAUGUGCUCGUGUACAUUAAGAGAAGACUGUCCAUGUGCUCUAGAAAGCUGGGCCGAACAAGAGAAGCAGUCAAAAUGAUGAGAGACUUGUGUGUUUUCCAGUUAAUGAAGGAGUUCCCUCUCCUCAGUAUGUUCAAUAUCCACGAGAACCUUCUAGAGUCGUUACUUGAGCUCCAGAACUACGCAGACGUACAGGCCGUACUGGCCAAGUACGACGAUAUUAGUUUACCCAAAUCAGCAACAAUAUGCUACACAGCUGCCUUGCUGAAAGCCAGGGCGGUAUCUGACAAGUUUUCUCCCGAGGCAGCGUCCAGGCGGGGGCUGAGCACAGCGGAGAUGAACGCUGUGGAAGCCAUACACAGAGCUGUGGAGUUCAACCCUCACGUCCCUAAAUACCUCUUAGAAAUGAAAAGUUUAAUACUGCCUCCAGAGCACAUCCUGAAGCGAGGGGACAGCGAGGCCAUCGCCUAUGCCUUCUUCCACCUGCAGCACUGGAAGAGAGUGGAAGGCGCUCUCAAUCUGCUGCACUGCACCUGGGAGGGCACUUUUCGAAUGAUCCCAUACCCACUGGAGAAAGGCCACCUGUUCUACCCCUACCCCAUCUGCACUGAGACUGCUGACAGAGAACUGCUACCAAUUUCUCAGCACCCUGUUUGCUCCCCUCAACUUCAUCAUGGAGAAGGUGGAGAGCAUCCUGCCGUCCAGCCUGUGGCACCAGCUCACACGCAUCUGACUGGACACAUCCGGAUUGAACUAACUGACCUUUGUGCCAACGUCUUUGGAAAGUGGACACACAGACAGACGAAUAGAGAGAGAUUGAUCGUGUGUGGUGACGAGAAGAAAAAAAAGGGAAAAAAAAGUUGAAAUUGAUUUUGAUACGUUUUAUUUUGGGGGGGGGGGGGGGGGGGGAUUUCAAUCUCAUGUAAAACCAUUUUUGUUGUACCAAAAAAAAGGUGAUCAAUUGCCAUCAUUAAAAAGUGGAGAAAAAAAAGAAAAUAAAGGACCUUUUGUGUAUUGCUGCAACAUAGCUUCUGGCCUGCCAUUUUAAUUGAAACAAAUAUUUGUAGACAGAAGUGAGAUGCAAGAUGGAUCAUGUUACAUCUUCCAGCUUUUCAGCCCAGGAGCAGACAUGAAAGUGUCUGGUGCAACCAAGUCUACAAGGUAACAGGAUUGAAUGAGCUCAAACAUUUACAAUCUACAGGAAAUACUGGUCCAAAAACAACACUAAACCCACACUGACAUAUUUAUAUCAUAAAGAAUUGCAAGGAUGUGCUGAUAAACCAAUUUCUCUAAGCAGAUAACAAAUUGAAAUGGGUAAAGGCAGUACUGGGAGAAGCCAUUCCCCUGCUUGCUCGUAUCCAUGGUAACUUUUUUUUUUUCUUUUACUAUUCACAGGGUUCAUAUUCUCGUUAUUUGUUACAAAUAUCCCCAGGAAAACAUGUAACUAAAUAUUGUUGACAAUGUUGGACAGAGGGUGUGUCAUUGUUUUCCUGCUCCUCAAAAUCAUUACCUUGGAAAAACACAUCUGCGAAGGUAAAGAGCAGAGAACACCAGGGACCAAGAAGACUGGACUAUGAAACGUGUUUUGAACUGACAGGUCUUUGUUUAGUUCUUUCAGUAAAAGUUUGUCAAAACAAUCCAAAGCAUUACAACAUUUUCACUUGGUUACUAUUGAUACCAACUGGUGUUUUCUUUUUGAAUUAGUGUACUUAUUUAAUAUAAAACAGAUGCACAAAAACAUGCACAUUUGUGCAGACUCAGUCACGAUAUCUGACUACAUUCUCACUCAUGUUUUUAUUCUUUGGGGGGGGGGG